AUGGAGCACCGCUCACCACCACCCCCGUCGUCUUAUAGUGGCCCGAUGCUACCGCCGCUGCUCAACCACCACCAGCAGCAGCAGCAACAGUACCAGCAUCCGCAGCAGCAGCAGCAGCAGUACCACCGCGGCCUCGCACCCCCGUCGCCUCCCGCCCCAUCGCUAACCCACCACCCCGCCAAACGUCGACCCUCGUCCGGACCCAGCGACGAGGGAGCCAGCCCGCACCCGCAGCAGCACCACCCGGGCGGCGGUGGACACCGGCCGCCGCACUCGCCCGCCUCGUCUGAUUGGCGGCCGCAGCCCAAGGCGCGCCGGGUGAUCGUCCCCGAGCGCGAGCGCGCCCCGCUGCCGCGGCCGCCGCCAUCGCCGGCGACUUCCUCUCCCCAGGGGACCGAGGCCGGUGCUGAUCCGAGAGGAGGAGGAGGAGGAGGAGGAGGUAUGUACACCGUGUCGCCGUCUUCGUCAUUCCCACGAGCCGACCCUGCCGCUGCCGCCGCGAGGUCCCAGGCCACCACUACCCCCGCCACCACCACUGGAGCCCCUCCGUCCUCGUCCUCGUCGGCGACGAGCCCCUACGUCCGGCGCAAGCGCGCCCUGGCCGCCUGCCAGUUCUGCCGCCUGCGCAAGACCAAGUGCGACAACGCGCGGCCCGUGUGCGGCUCGUGCCGCCACCACCAGGCCAAGUGCGUCUACACCGACGGCUCCGAGGGCGACGGCUCGCAGGUCGGGCUCGACGAGGCCGCGAGCCGCCACCGCGAGGUCCUCGAGCGGCUCGACGACAUCCGGAACCUGCUCGCCCGCUCGUCGCCGUCUGCCGGCUCCGGCUCCGGCGCGGGCGGCGCGGGCGCCGACGCCCGGAGCAGCGGGACGUCGGAGAUGGGCGCCGGCAGCGAGCACGUGUCGUUUGGCGUGAGCCCUCUUACCGCCGGUGGUGGUGGCAGUGGGGUCACCAACGGUCUCGACCAGGACAGUAGUGUUGGGCUCGGAGGUGGUGGAGCCGGCGGCGGCGGUGCGGUCGAGACGGAAAGCGUGUCCGACGGGCAAGCUGCGCCGUCGGCGACGGCGUACCUGCAGCAUACCAAGUGCGAGUCCGUCCUGAAGUGGCCUGUCCUCGCGCCCGUCAUGACGGAGGAGGACGCCGCGAUCGACUCUUUCAUCUUCGACGCUUAUGUGCGCGGGGACAGCGACGAGCGCGACGGAGCUGGUGCGAGGAGUUCGGCGUCGCCGGCUUCGACGCGUAGCAUGAGCCAGCAGCCGAGGUUCAAGGGGAAGCCGUUCCCGCCAAACUUUUAUGUGCCGUUGUGUCAGAAGUUCCUCGCUCUGGUCAACUGCCGGAAUCCGAUCGUGGGUGCUCACGACCUGAUGUCGUAUGCGAGGUCGGUGGCGGAGGACGGGCUGGACUGGGAUGCCAGGUCUUGCCUCGUGUUGCUUGCUUGCGCACUGGCGAGCUACUCCCGGGCCUGGACACCUCCGCCCUUUGUCCAUUCCACGCCAUCCCCAUCGGCCCGCACCCGCCGAGAGUCGACGGUACCUCCGGAAGUCAUGUCCACUUCCGACGACGAGGUCGCCGAGGUCUACUACGAGGAGGCCCAGAAGCGGCUGGGCCUUCUCGGGACGUCGCUCAUCGACGUGCAGUGCUUCUACUACGCCUCUCUCUUUGAGAGGUUCGCCUUCCGGCCGCUGCAGGCGUGUAUGUAUCUGCAGCAGGCGGCCUCGCGGCUGCGCUUCCACCACAUGAGCCAGCGUGGGGAAGAGAAGCGGUCUCACAUGGCCGGCCAGGACGACGAGCGUGCGGAGUCGAGGCAUUCGAGCGUCACUUAUCACUUGGAACAGAGGGCGUUUUGGUCUAUCCACAAGGGAGAGAGAGAGUACGCCACGGAGCUCGGCAUCAAGCUCGCCAGUGACCUGACGGGGUUCAAAUACCCAGCCGCGUUCCCGACACCUCCGGAAGCCCUGCACCACUUGAUACCCAGCGACGACGGCGACGAAGGGAUGGAUGACGAUCUGUCUGACGUGUUCUCGCCCCGGCGGAAUGAAGUCAUAUGGUACUUUUACCUCGCCGAGAUCUCGCUCAGGCGGACAUUCGACGAAGUGCUCUCCGUCAUAUACGAGAAGGGCGAACAGAACUGGAUCGAGAACAUCGAGCUCGUCUGCCGACAGUACCACGAGUCGGAAAAGCAGAUCUCCGAAUGGCAAUCCCACCUCCCGGGCACGAUGCGCUACGACCCGACCUCCCAGCCCAACAACGAGAUGGCGUACUACCUCGAGGGCCGCAUGGAGGAGUGGAACGAGUGCAUCCUGCGCCCGCUAGUCUACUACUGCCUGCACUCCCCGCCCGGCAAGCCGCCCCCGCCGGCCAUCGUGGCCCUGGGCCAGCGCGACAUGACCCUCUGCGUCAACUGCAUCAUGCGCUGCGCCAGCCACGGCCGCCACGGCGGCACGUGGGUCGUCCUGCGCCGCACCUUCCGCUGCACGCUCAUCAUCCUGGCCGCCGUGCUCGCCGAGGGCCCGCUCCGCCCGCCCGAGAACUGGCAGGAGCUGACGGGCGUGUCCAUCGCCACGCUGCGGCGGUGGGCGCCGGGCGUGCGGGACCUGCAGCGCAUGGGGAGGGUGCUGGAGCGGGUGUUUCGCGCCGUGUGCGAGGUCGACGCCUCGCGGAUGCCGGUGGAGGUGGAAGUUGACGGGCAGAGCCGGUGGUGA